AUGAAACGCAGAGUCAGCACCGUUUGGUUUUGGAACCUUGCCCUGGCCGACAUCAUCUGUUGCUCCUUUGUCCCACCCAUCCUAGCCAAUAUCUUUUAUUCCCGUUGGUUAUAUGGAAAAGCUUUGUGCAAAAUUUUACCCUGUAUCCUCAUCUUCAAUAUGUUCUCCAGCGUCUUCACCCUGGUGGCCAUCAGCAUUGACCGAUGCAUCCUGGUGGUCUGGCCUGUGUGGGCCCAAAAUCACCCGAGGCAUCUCACCGCCGCUUAA